GCGUGCAUUACCAGGAGGACGUAGCUGCGACACUGACGAGGCGAAAGCACAACGAUGACCCAAAGGAUGCUGUGAAUUAGCUUUAUUAUCUUCCAUUUCAACAGUAAUCGGACAACAGGGCAGCUACCGCGCGGUAAUAAUGUCGAAGAUGAGCGUGAUUCAACCAGGGAAAGAGGCGGACAAGAACGGGAUGAACGAGAAUAGCAUUGGUUCCCCGAGGCUCCAGGCUCCGAGCGCGCAGCCUCCACUCAGCACCAGCCGGACCAAAGAUGCCCGCUUCCAGCUUCAACAGCAGCAGCAGCAGAGGCACCACGGAGGGUCCAUGGUCAAACAGCCGUCCUGCAACGAGCCCGCGGAUGUCGUGAGGCGGGCGUUGGACUUCAAAAGCCAGGGUACACAGUGUUACAAGGAUAAGAAAUACCGAGAGGCGAUAGGCAAGUACCACCGUGCGCUGCUGGAGAUCAAAGGGCUGUGCAGGGUGCUCGGGGACCCGGAUAGUGGCCCUAAGUCCCCGUCCUCGCUGCUCACCGCCUUCACCAAGUCCAACAACACGCUCACGGAUGAACAGAAAGGCGCCAUGGAGAAUGCUGAGCUGGAGUGUUACAACAGUCUGGCAGCGUGCCUGUUGCAGAUGGAGCUGGUGAACUAUGAGCGCGUCAAAGAGUACUGUCUCAAAGUGCUGCACAAAGAAGGAAAGAACUUCAAAGCACUGUACCGGUCCGGAGUGGCCUACUACCACCUUGGCGACUACCAGAAGGCUCUGCACUACCUGAAGGAGUCACACAAGCAGGAACCAUCAGACACCAACGUCAUCCGGUACAUCCAGUUGACUGAGAUGAAAAUUCGCCGUAACGCUCAGAGGGAGAAGGAGGCCACAUAAACACUGCCUUUUCACCACUUGAUUCUCUCAUAUCUGAAAUCAGCCCAGUUUCAACAGUUCAGACUUUCAACAAACAGUGGGUCCAAAAUCUCACUGCCAGUGUCUUUAGGUUGAACUUUUGCCUUGCACAACAACAUAUGGUUUUGUGGUCUUACACCAUUGUGAGCUUCAGGCUUCUUUAACUGUGCUAUUUUGACAAUAUACCUUUAUGAGUACGAGUAUGGGUUCAGUGGGGAUACAAAAGAUUGAAUUAUAUGUCCCCAUAUGAAUUAAAUCACAUUUUUGUAACAUAUUAACAUACAAAGAAUUAGCUGAGUAUUUAUUUAAGUUUGAUACAGCCACACUGAGGAGCAAGUUUACCUUUAUUUACAUGUAUUAUUAAUUUAAUUUGCUAAAGAAAAGAAAGAGUUUUGAACUAAAAUAUUAUAGUUAGAUGACCGUAUGCUGCAGAUAGGUGCAUUUAAAAGGGAGGAUACAGUACAAUAGAAAUGGGUGAACAAGUUAUUAAAAUUCAUUCAAAGAAAUACAUAUAGUGCGUCAUUUUCAUUGCAUAGGUGUAGACUGAAGUUUUAUCAUAUUAUGGGUGAUUGCUCUGUUUUAAAAGAUGAUAUGUGAAUCACUUAUUUUCUUCAUACAUUAGUAAAAUUGCUAUUAGUUUCCACAGUAUUCCUCAGUUCAAGAAUACACACCUCAAGGGCCCAUAUUAUUCUAUUUUCUGGUCUCUGUUAUAAUAUUGUUUCCUCAUCACAAACAUACCUGGAGUUAUUCUCUCAAACACAAUAUACAGGAAUACAGGUAAUAGAGGGAGUUCUCCAUUGAGUUUUUAAACUCUAUACACCUAUAAUAAUUUGGAUGAUUUCAGCCAUGGAAUUGCGAGUCUCUACUGAACAAAAGGUAAAAGGAGCUAUUAACCUGAAAAUUACCUCUUCAUGACAUCACAAGGUGGAAGAUAGCAUUUUGAGCUUUGGAGAUGUAGACAGACCAAUUAAAAAAGGAUUAGACAACGUGUGAAUAAAACAAAACACAGCUCCAGGUAUGUUUUUGAAGAGGCAACAGCAAGCCUUAAAGCUCAUAAAAGUCAAGUUUAUGUAAUAUAAGCCCUUUAAUCAUAAUUUCUAGUUGCAUUUUCUAUAAUAUCCCCAUGAACCAAGGCCGUGUGACCACAACACAAUGAUUACUUAACCCUAGAAAUGAAUGCACUGCCAGUCAAAACAUUGCACAAGAACAUGCCAACACUUGUGAUAGAGUCAGGACCAACAAGCAGACUUGAGUUUAGUAGCUGUAGAUAGCACCUGCCUUCGCACAAGAUGUCAUCACCACAACGCAUGACUUACAACUUAGUCAGCAAGCACACUUCUCUACUGCUGUGCAGAAGUUUUCAGACAAAUACUUUUUGCAUAUUAUAUUUGUUGUUUUAAAGGUGCACUGUGUAACUUUCUGAUGGAGGGUACACCACCUGCUUGUUUCUAUGGAAAUGCCAUUGCACUGCCUGGAAUAUUCCACAGUAUGGCAUUAAACAACUCUACCUUACAUUUAUUUAAUAACAGGCAGUUUUAGAGCUCAAAAAUACCUAGAAAAACAGCUAUUCUGACUGUGAGCGGGGUCGCCUUUCCACAGAUCUGACCUGUAAAUUGGUCUGGAAAAGCUACGCAAUGCACCUUUAAGGUCAUAAAGGGACCAAGGAUAUCUAUGUUCUUCUGUUUCUUUCUUUCUGUCUUAAAACUGUCUAAAACUUUUGCAUGGUGCUUUAACUUUUAAAACCAAACGUUAGGUGCUUGGAGUGCGUAUUUUGAGCACACAGUUGCUAAGUGCAGUUACCAGACAUAUCACAAACUGUAAAUAGUUUAUAGAAAUGACUAGGAUUUAAAAUGGAAAGAAAAGGCAAGCUAUAUGUGUCAAAGCACUUCACUUCGCUGCUUCUGUAUUGACAAAUACUGUGUUUCAAGUUUACUG